AUUGAGAACAAUUUGACCCAGAAUUUGAAUUAGAUUAUAUCCCUCAAAAAAACCCUAAUGGUAUGAGAAGUGUGUAUUGUUUUGUUGGCACUUGUAGUACGAUUAAAUCAGUCUACAAGACUGUGUAUCCUGAAUGUCUGAUGCUUACAGCAAAGGAGGCCAUGACUCUUAGAUCAGGCAGAAAGGAAAAGAGACGAGCUCUAUGUUUGAUAGGAUUAACUCCUCAUAAAGACAAAGGAAAAGGAAACACACUUCUUGUUCUAACAUCGCAAAAACCUUGCAAGCUCUUCAGAGGAAUAAGACAGCUUGGUGCUAAUGUUUGUUAGUGAUCACAUUAAUUAAGGGAACCUCUUACUGUUUGUAUUUUAAUGUUACCACAUACAAACACUUUAAUGAACUCGACAGUGGCACCGAAAGACCUAGGUCGGAAGAAUGCGAGAGGCUAAAGCAGGGGGAAAUGUUCUGCGGAGUGAUCUCCCGUUUUGAGGGACGAACAUCGUGAUGAAGGACAGAAUCAUUGCUAACAUUUCAUUUCUUUAAUGAUGUUGUUUUAAUUCUUUACUUGAAGGUCUUACAUUUAAUCUCCAUUCAUCAGAUCCAGAGACAAGGCAGAUCUAGCAAUCUGGCUGUUCAUUAUUAGGCAUUUUCAUUAAGAUCUCUACCUAGUACAUUUAUCAGUUGUCGGAGAGAUACAAUAAAAAUCAUUUUUGCUGCGGAGUUUUCUGAGGUGGUGUUUUUGCAUGUUUUGUAGGGCCGGUUGAUUAUCUUUGAUGCUGUACCUAUUACAAGUGAAUUGCAGGUUGAAUAUUUGUACUAAGUAGUACCUGCAUUUGAUUACAGAUGACACAGAAUUAUUGAUAUGUUACCAUGCUACUAGGGAAGGCUUGAAUGUGUGUGACUGUUAAAAGCUGAUAAAUAAUCAAUUGUUGCAGGAAUGGUAUACAAAGCUAUAAUUAUCCCAUGGAAUAAAAACAAGUUCACUUUGAUUAGAUAAAUUAUUAGCGCUGGUUUGGAAGCCGUGGAUACAGGACCGCCGGUGCUGUGCUGGGUUACGACACUCCUCACCGCUGAUAGCUGACCAGACAGCUGAUAGUGUGGUGGUAGUAGUGUUAGAGGUUCAGGGCCACAGAUAGACCACAGAGCUCAACCUCAAUGUCUUCUACUAGAGCCUCCCAUCAUGCAAUAAAAACUUGGAGAGCAGUGCUCCUCUCUACAUCAUGUAAAUGACUCGGGAACUCCUGCUAUGAAUUUCAAUAAUUGAAUAUGCCAAUUUUCGUUGGUUAAUACGGCAUCACACAAGAGGUUUCUAUUAAGAACUGCUCUCGGAACAAAAAAAUACAAAAGGGAGGGAAAAAGUUUCUGAGGAGUUAUGUAGUGAAUUACACCAAGUGCAUUUUGUGAACACAUGCUAUUGCAGCCGGUUGUACGGAUCGGGGCUGCUGAGGACAGGAGCAUUCUGGGAUAUCACGGAGCGAUGUCGGACUCCGAACAGGAAGGAGGAUGUGUGAAAAAAUCGCGCCUGUCCAGUUACAGUGAUGGGGAAAUCGGCACAAGAAGUAUGAAUGGUCAAGUCCAGAAAUCGGAGCCCGACCCAGACGCCAUUAAAAUGUUCGUCGGUCAAAUCCCGCGCUCCAUGGACGAAAAUGAUCUCCGGAAAAUGUUUGAAGAAUUUGGAGCAGUUUAUCAACUGAAUGUUCUCCGUGACAAAGCCACAGGCCAGAGCAAAGGAUGCUGUUUUGUCACAUUCUACACAAGGAAAGCCGCCUUAGACGCUCAGAAUGCACUGCACAAUAUCAAAACAAUGAGUGGGAUGCAUCACCCUAUACAGAUGAAACCAGCCGACAGUGAGAAAAGGAACGAGGAGAGAAAGUUGUUUGUUGGAAUGAUUUCCAAGAAGUGUUCAGAGAGUGAUGUCAAAAUGAUGUUUGCCCCAUUUGGUUCCAUAGAAGACUGUACGAUAUUAAGGGACCAGAACGGCCAGAGUAGAGGUUGUGCGUUUGUGACGUACGCCAACAGACAGUCGGCAUUGAAUGCCAUAAAGAACAUGCAUCACUCACAGACCAUGGAGGGCUGCUCUUCACCUGUAGUUGUAAAAUUUGCAGACACACAAAAAGAAAAGGAAGCAAAAAAAUUACAACAGAUCAAUCAAAAUCUGUGGAACAUAUCAGCUGGGGGCGUGACAGGCUUCUCACCCCAGUACAUCACUUUGUUACAACAGGCAGCAUUGGCUGGGAACCUGGGACUUCUCAACACAGGAAACAUUGCCUCCUCGACCGGCAGCACUAAUCCCCUAGCCGUUCAGCAGUUACUGUUGGCGGCAGUCAGUGCCGCGGCGGCAGGAAAUAAUUCAGGGCUACUAGCGGCCCUCGCCGCUCUACAAAGCAACAACAGCGGGGGGAAUAUGUCAUCUCCCUGCCAUACGCCAACAAGUGCUAGCAAUUCCAGCGGAUCAGGUGAGCCAGCGUUACCUCUCCAGAAUCUACAGGGACUGGCCGCUCUCUCAUCCACUGGUAGUCCAGGUGGCCUGGGUGCCUUAGGAAUGCAAAGCAUAGCAGCAUUAAAUCAACUCGCAGGAGUGGCAAAUUCCAGCUCUGCGGCUUCAGGAUCUGUCACCGGCACUUCCCCCACUAAUUCUUUGAGUGGCCUGGCCAGCCUGCAGACACUGGGUAAUAAUAACUUUACCUCGGUGUCCCCAGGGGUCACCUCUAACGGACUCGGGGGUUCCUCCGCAGCGUCUGGCAUGGACGCCCUCAGUCAAGCGUACUCGGGGAUCCAGCAAUACGCAGGUUUGUCCAGUUUACUCUCUCCCGCAGGAAAAGCAUCAUUCCCAAAUGCUUUUAACACUCAAGCAGCUCAACAGAUCCAGCAGGCACAGGCCAACUCUCCUGCAGGGAAACAGACAGAAGGGCCGGACGGAGCCAACCUGUUCAUCUACCAUCUCCCCCAGGAAUUCAGUGACCAGGAUCUGAUGCAGACCUUCAUACCGUUCGGUACUGUCAUAUCAGCCAAAGUCUUCAUAGACAAACAGACAAACCUUAGCAAGUGUUUUGGUUUUGUCAGCUAUGACAAUGCGUUGUCAGCCCAAGCUGCCAUUCAGGCAAUGAAUGGAUUCCAGAUCGGAAUGAAGCGACUUAAAGUUCAGCUCAAACGACCAAAGAGUGAUAGCAAGCCUUACUAGCGAGACAGUUCUGUGAUUGACGCGUGAUGUGUCUGACUGUCUCCACGUGGCGUUCUCUUCGUGUUACCUAUUUGUCGCUCGUUGUGUGCCCGGAGCUUUGUGUCGGCAGGAGUUACUUCCCUUGGCCUCAACCACAGGGACCGUUCAUUAUUUUAUUUUUAUUUCCUUUAUUGCGUAUAUGGCCUGGUUUAACCUGUUUGAAACAGGAUGCUAUGAUUUGUCUUAAUUUUUUUUUUUUUUUUUGUUGACUCAAAUAGUAAUGUGCUUCAAUUUAAUCAGGAUUGUAUACCAAAGAUGCAUAUGAUAAUUUUUUUCAUUACUAUUAUGAUAUUUACUCAAAAAAAGAAAAAAAAUCUGUUAAAUUUGUUUCCAUGACAAUUGUACAUAUUUGGUCUGGGAGAAUAGCCAGCCCUCUAUAUAGUGCUAUAUAUAGAUUAGUGUAGAUAGAUGGUGAGAGUCAGCAGCAUUGUAAAUGCUAGGACAGAUAUGCCUCAUGUAUCCGCAGCAGAUAUAUGCCCCCGCUAGUCAAUGAUGAUACUCCACACAUUGUUACAGACUAACAUCAAAGACCUAGAUAUCACCAGAUAUCACCGCCAAAAUAAAUCAACACUAUUGUUUAUUGCCUGGGUAUUACACUAACAAAAUGGUGUUGUUUCAAUUUUUUUUCAAAGAAUUUAUGACAUUCUGUUUUUUAUUUUUAUUUUUUAUUAUUAAGCCUUACUUUGAAUGAUGUUAGUUUGUAAUGAUCAGUCAAGAUGCCAACAUGUUGUUGUGUUUCUAAAAUCAUAUUCUCUGAACUACACUAUGUUAAAAUUUUGGUUUGAUUCAGAAUAUAUCUGAGCCUAUGUAACAGGCAAACCUGUGUCCUGUAGAGUUUUUACAAUUUCAGUAUUUCUGUCUGAAGGUCUCCCCUAGUGGUCAUAUUGUUGUAAAAUCAAAAUGUCAACAUUCUAAUGUUGCACUCCACAAGUGCUAAGCAGUUUUCUUAUAAGUCUAUUAG